GGGCCAUCUUUCUUUUGAAUUACGGUGGAGCCUACAUGGACACUGACGCCGUGUGGACGAGUCGGGUGCCGGACUGGCUGCUACACUACCCGGUCGUGGCCACGUUCGACUGGCCAGCCUAUAACUCCUGGCCUGACUCCUUCAACCUGGGUGUCAUAAUGGCCCGACCUCAGGCUCCCUGGUUACGUCAUUGGCUGACCACGUUUCGUCACUACCGGCAGUCACAUACAGCUUUCACAGCCAUCCAGUUGCCAUACCGGGUGUAUGAACACUACCCCGACGAGAUGUACGUCUAUACCCGCUUACAGGUGAUAUGCUACAUCGACAUAUGCCACCCGACAUGGGAGAAGGACUUCCGACGUGGCAUGGACGACAGAAAAUCGACGCUGCCGUUCAACGUCACAGAUGUACACGCCGUGCACGUGACCUAUCCAAAGCCGGCUAAGUCAUGGGAGACGCCUAAGACAUUAAAGGAAGGGACUGACUUCAUUGCGGAGGUCGGCCGCCAUGUCCUCAAGCAAAGCGGUAGGAUGAACCUGUUAUCAUGACAUUAAACCGAAAUCGGAGGUUUCAAUCCUCAAAGAAGAAUGCAUGCGUUACCAAGGCAUCCAAUUUCUUUCCAGCUUUCGACAUUAUGGCGGGACGUAAGCUGUGUAACUGUGUUCUUGAACUGUUUCUGCCAAUGUCGAUGCUUAUUCUGUGGACAAGCUGGUUAAUGUGUGAUCCGCUGGGACACGUUUAUGGAAUGCUAUGUUUUAACACUGUUUUUUCAAACUAUUAUAACGUAUUCAUUGAUUAUCCAAAAGACUGUCUUUCGCCCUCCAAAGUCAAUUCUGUAUCGUCUGUAUAUUGUACAAUUACUUUCGACAUUUUGGAUUUUUAUGCCUUUUAUAUAUGUAUUUUUUUCUAAUCAUAAUAGCUUAAAGUUCGACACAUAUAAUCCCGUUUUUAAUUUGAUCUCUAGGUUUAUCUGCUUUGGGAAUACAUAUGAUUACACUUGUUUGUGUAGAAGAUAAUUCAACUUUAAUAAAACCCUUAUUAAGAGAUCUAACAAUGAAAGGACCUGUUUCAAAAAAAACAUGUACAAAAAUUCCAUAGUAAGUCCAUCACUCCCUGAGCUUUUCCCAUUACGCAUAUUUUAACAACCUGACCUGCUUCUUCUAAAGUGAUCUAGCAGAUUUAGUUCAAGUUGUGUAAGUUUUGGUAUAUCUUGUUGGAUGUUAGUCAAGUCCUGGACAGCUUUCACACAGCAUUCUUUUUUUUUUAUUUUAAUAAUUUUAUUGGUUUUUGUAUCUUCGUGUAGAUUAGUAUAGUUUGGAUGUGUGUUUGCUGUGUGCACAUUAUAUUAGUAAGAUUGCACUUAUUACUAUUUUUAAAAGUCUCAUUUGCUCAAUUGUAUUUUACAUCUGCUAGGAAUUUGUUUGAAUUUCAAUUUCAAUAAAACAAAAUGACAGAUCUGUCUCAACCUCACCAUCUCAGGCUUGUAACAUGGACGCGAUUUUUUUCAACACUAAAAACAAAUGAUCUAUUGGUGAUUUCCUUUUUUUAAACAUUUCACAUGCAUAAGAAAUAGCAUUAAGUAUCAUCAAAAUUCAACUAACAAUCCAUACUAACAAUCAAUACUUGUUGUUACUCACAAAUGACUUUCGACCGGUCGUCUUUUAUUUUAAGCUUCACACAGACAUGUCUGCUCCUCGACUCCCCCUUUCCUGCUUUCUGACGUCAAAAUUUGUUGACGUCAUAUACACGCAUUGACCUUUAAUUGACGUCACUGACAC